CCCCCGCCCCUGGCCGCCGUGCGCCUCCGCGGACACGCACUUCCUGCGAGGCCUCCGUGCGCCCUUUUGCCGAACCGAGCCGAGCCCGGCUGUGAGCUUCCGUGUCGUUCGCCAUGGUGGACGAGCUGGUGCUCCUGCUGCACGCGCUCCUGAUGCGGCACCGCGCUCUGAGCAUCGAGAACAGCCAGCUCAUGGAACAGCUGCGGCUGCUGGUGUGCGAGAGGGCCACCCUGCUGCGCCAGGUACGUCCGCCGAGCUGCCCGGUGCCCUUCCCCGAAACGUUUAGCGGCGAGAGCUCCCGGCUCCCCGAGUUUAUCGUGCAGACGGCGUCUUAUAUGCUCGUCAACGAGAACCGGUUCUGCAACGACGCCAUGAAGGUGGCCUUCCUCAUCAGCCUGCUCACUGGGGAAGCCGAGGAGUGGGUGGUGCCCUACAUCGAGAUGGAUAGCCCCAUCCUAGGUGAUUACCGGGCCUUCCUUGACGAGAUGAAACAGUGUUUCGGCUGGGACGACGACGAAGACGACGACGACGACGACGACGACGACGACGAAGUUGAUUAGUAGUCCGGGAGACCCUCCGGCCCAGCGGGGAGGGCCCUGCACGCCACCAUGCCCCCCCUCCCCCGCCCGGCCCGGCCCGGCCCGGCCCGCCCCGGCCCCGCCAAGCUCCGUUUCGCCCUCCGCUUCCCUUCCCUGCCUCGGCCCUCCAACUCUCCUCCUCAUCUCCCCUCGCCCCCCCUUUCCUGUAGUGCUUGCCUUUGUUCCAGGAAUUGUACUCCGGGUACCUACUGCUGGGGCCUCGCCCUGAAGCGUGCCGCCUCGCACCCCGGCCAGCCCCAGGACCCUGCCCUGCUCAUGCGGACUGUGUCCUGAGCCCCGUCUAUAGGGCAGGCCCCUGUUACAAACUGGUGAGACUACGCGCAGCCCAGCCUGGCCCACUGCAAGGCCUCCAUCUGUUCAGAGACCUACGCUGCCGCCACUUCACCAUCCACCACAUUCCAGCGACAGACUACAGCCUUGAAAAUAAGGACCAACCUAGAAGAUACCCGAGUUGGUCCUGGGACAUUGAUUUGGACAACUCACCGUCCCCUGAAGGGGCCAGUCUUACAACCUGGUUAGUUCUCUACUUACUCGCAGAGGCCUCCCCCUGCCCCACCAGAUUGCUGCAGGGGCCUAACGUGCCCCGCAGCCAAAUCGUUGGCAUUUCUUUUCUGGGAUGCACCAGUUCUGCCCAGCUGUCCUUUUUCUUUCAAAACUACAGCCGUCCCACAGAUGUGUGCGUUUGGACAAAAAUACUAAAAACAAAACAGACAAAAACAGGCACUCAGCCCAGCUCCUCAAUACCACCUGGGAAAAAGCAUUUACGUUCUUUUCAAUAAACAUCACGCACUAUGGAAAAAAAGAAAGGAGUGUCUUUUAAUGGUUAAGUGCUCUCCCUGGCCUCUACCAGUCUCACUCUGAUUCCCAUUAUUCCCACUGAGAUCAGGAAACCUAGUUCAAUCCCAGUAUUCACUACUGUCCUCUCUAGGCUACCGAGGACAGUGGCCACAGCGUUUUAUAUGGGUAUUCUGGUACUCCCUCAGCAAGGCCUUUCUUAAAGCCCUGGCAAGGGGAGUGAGUGUCCUCUGGGGCCUCCAGGGUGGCAUGGGUAAGGGGUGGUUCGGCAGAUGUCACACUGUCCCAAAGUGGAACACUUAUGAGGCUGAAAGGGGGCACUAUUAAUAAUUAGAGUGAGGCAACAGGCAUACAUCUGGACACCUACAAUGUUACUAUAUAUCUUCCAGAGCCUUUGGGUUCCUUCCUCAGCACUGUCAGGGAAAUUCUGCCCCUUAAGCCUUGUUGGCUGUGGGGUGCUAUUGAGUUCAGGCAAUAAUUAACAAGGUAGCACAUUGUUUUAAUGCCCCCUUUCAGGUGCUUGAGCUAACAUUAAAUCCUAAAUCCUGGGUGAGUGUACUCAUAGUAAAUAAAGCAUGAUCUUACAGUUUCAUCACCCCGGGUGAACACUUUUCAAAUCCCCAUUCAUACACGUGUCCCAGAUUUCUACCUAUGGAAAUCAGCGAGAUGCCCGGUUACCUCCUGACCUAGACCUUAUACUGCUCCCUGGGGUAUGCUGGGCCCUCUUUGUGGACCGGGAGGGCUCAGAGGCAUUGAGGGAGUGCGGUGGAUGCCCCUUAAGUUCACUGAAAUGUUAAAUCAGAGAAUUUUGUUUGUGGGGUUUUGGGGGUUUACCUCUGUCAACCAGGAAUAUUUAAGAGAAUGUGACAUCUGCCCAAAUGUGCUCAUUGUACCAUGGCUGGAGACAGCCGUACCUUAAGAUCUCUGAUUUAGGUAAUAAACUUCCCUAUUGCAUAAGA